GUUUUGUUUUUUCAUAGGUCCCAAACAGCUCCGAGAUUUGGAAUAUUUGCUUACGGUCUAGCAGCAAAAUGGCGACUGUCAUUCAGAAUCCUCUCAAAUCGCUAGGCGACCAGUUCUACCGGGAGGCCAUAGAACACUGUCGCAGCUACAACGCCCGUCUGUGUGCCGAGCGGAGCGUCCGUAUGCCCUUCCUGGACAACCAAACUGGCGUGGCCCAGAACAACUGCUACAUCUGGAUGGAACAGCGCCACCGCGGGCCAGGUCUGGCUGCUGGACAGAUGUAUGCGUACCCUGCACGGUGUUGGAGGAAGAAGAGGAGGCUUCACCCCCCUAUGGACCCUCAGCUACGCCUCUGUGAACUACGACUGGAGGCAGAGCUGGCCCCUAAGAGGGAGCCCUCCCCAGUAGAGGCCACAGCUCUGGAGGCCUUGCUCAGAGGGGAGGGACUACUGGAGAAGAAGAAAGACAUCAUCAAGGAGGAUGAGACCCUUCUGGAGAUACAGAGGGUCUUGGAGGCAGACGAGAAUGGGGACGGUUUCCAUCAUGACAACGAGGACUUUGAAGUGGACACUCCAAAGAGGAAGCAGAGGAAAGGAAGGGGCCGAGGAUCCGGCCGCAGGAGGACAGAGGCUGUGUCCAACGACGACGUGGAUAAACCUUAUGUCUGUGACAUCUGUGGGAAGCGCUAUAAGAACCGACCGGGCCUGAGUUACCACUACGCCCACACGCACCUGGCGGAGGAGGAGGGGGAGGAGAGGGAGGAGAGGGAGGAGAGGGAGGAGAGGGAGGAGAGAGAAGAGAUGGCACCGUCCCCGCCACCACACCGAUCAGACCCAGACCCUGACAACCACAAACCUCAGAGGGCGGCAGACGGCUCCAUCAUCCCUAACGACUAUUGUGACUUCUGUCUGGGAGACUCCGACUCUAACAGGAAGACUGGCCAGGCUGAGGAGCUGGUGUCCUGCUCCGACUGCGGACGCUCCGGCCACCCUACCUGUCUGCAGUUCACAGACAACAUGAUGACUGCGGUGAAGACCUACCAGUGGCAGUGCAUCGAGUGCAAGUCCUGCAGCCUCUGUGGCACCUCUGAGAACGACGACCAGCUCUUGUUCUGUGAUGACUGUGAUAGAGGAUACCACAUGUACUGUCUGAAGCCCCCCAUGACACAACCUCCUGAAGGGAGCUGGAGCUGUCACCUGUGUUUGGAUCUGUUGAAGGACAAGGCCUCAGCCUAUGAAGAGCCAUAGCAUCACACACACACACAAUGGAUUUACAGGCUCAGGGCGCAUAUUCAGUCUCAUCUCGUUCAGUUUCUCCGUUUCUUGUGUGAGGAGAAAGUACUAUCCUUUACCUCUGAAAUGGAAACAAUGUCAUGAUGUGGGCUAUAAAAAAACAAAGAAAACCCUCAAAUAGUAAUCUUGCUACACAGUGUUUGACACUAUGGUGUUCUACCCUGUAGUGUCUUCUGACUGUUAGCUAGCUAGAGAUGUUUGUGCUGAGGUCAAAAAUGCAUUAUAUACCGGAACAGGGAGAAUUUGUGUCCGUUUGUUUAAAUUUCAGUUUCCAGUCCUCUCCGUGUGUUAAGAUUUCACAGUGACGUUCUUUCAUAUUGCACCAAGACAUAUUGAAUAUUUGAAAUAGCGUUACUCACAGGACUUUUAUUUAUGUUUAAUGCUAUCCCCGUUAGGGGUCAUUGCAGCAAUUAUUUAAUUUCAGUUGGAUCUUAGCCAUGUUUGUGGUUACUAGGAUACUAAAAGUACCUCAUGACAAUGAUCUAAACAGUUAUUAAUUUAAAACUGGUCUUAUUUAUGCAUUUCUGGUUAUUGUGACUGUUACUAUGGAUGGAUUCUUUGUUUGUAAGAAGAAGCAAUGCAAAAUGGUGGCAACCCUGUUUCCCUCCAAGCUCUGGUCUCUAGACCAUAUUGCCUGUUAAUGUGUUACCAUACAAGAGGGUUUACAUGUUGUUGAAUCACAUUUUGUAUAUCGAUGUAGGAAACUGGUAAAGUAUAGGACUGCAAACAUAGACCAUAGAGAGAAACGUUCAGUGCCUUCAGAAAACAUUCACACCCCUCCCUUGACUUUUCCCACAUAUUGUUGUGUUACAAGCUGGGAUAAAAAUUGAUUUAAUUGUCAUUUUUUUGUCAACGAUCUACACAAAAUACUCUAAUGUCAAAG